AUGCGACGGUGUUCCAGAGAAGAUAAUUCGACUCAUAAAGAAAUUUAUGAGCUCACGUUGGUGCAGAUCUAUGUAUAUGGGGAACUGACAGACUCCUUCGAAAUAAAAACUGGUGUUCGUCAAGGCUGUGUCCUUUCCCCUACAAUAUUCAACUAUGCGAUAGACUGGGUAAUGGACACCGCUUGUCGGCACUCAAGGGGUGUCCAAAUCAGUCCAGAGCAUCAUAUCACAGAUCUUGAAUACGCUAAUAAUGUAGUCUUUUUUGCUGACAGUGUAUUUGCAUUUCAUCAUAAAAUGCCUCUUUUUAUGAAUUCAUUGUCGAUUGAGGAAGUGCAUGAUUUUAAAUACCUUGGGUCCACUCUAAUACCAAAUGGCCAGGCAAAAAACGAUAUUAUAACCCGGAUCACAGUUAGAAAUGCGCUCUUCGGGUUGACGAAACAUUUGUGGAGCCAUCGUGAAAUUACCAUUAGAACGAAAGUCCGCAUCUAUAUAGCCAUGAUUGAUUCGGUCUUGCUAUAUGGCUGUAAGACAUGGCCAAUGAGAAGAUAUUAA